AUGGCUGUGGAUGAGCUCCAUGCUAAUAUCGGCUGGAGUGAGGGGCGCAGCGUCGCGUUUCUGCCGGGAGUCAGCGGCAGCUUCACCGAGUCUGAGCAGGCUGCUGCAGCCAUGGCUGACGGCGGAGAAGGAGAAGAUGAGAUCCAGUUCUUGAGAACCGACGAUGCAGUGGUUCUGCAAAGUGUAGCCACGAUCCAGAAGGAGCACUGCAAGUUCUGCCUGGCCGCUGAGGGACUUGGAAACCGCCUUUGCUACCUGGAAUCCACAUCUGAGGCCAAGUAUGUUCCUCCAGACCUGUGCAUCUGCAACUUUGUGCUGGAGCAGUCACUGUCAGUGCGAGCCCUGCAGGAGAUGCUGGCUAACACCGGGCAAAACAGCGAAGGGAGCGCUGACCAUGAGAAAUGGGCGGGUCAGGGGGGCGGACACCGGACACUGCUCUACGGUCACGCCAUCCUCCUACGCCACUCCUUCAGUGGCAUGUACUUGACUUGUUUGAAGACGUCCAGGUCGCUCACGGACAAGUUGUCAUUUGAUGUCGGACUGCAAGAGGAUUCAGUCGGAGAGUCAUGUUGGUGGACCAUCCAUCCCGCAUCAAAACAGAGGUCAGAGGGAGAGAAGGUCCGCAUCGGCGACGACCUGAUUCUGGUCAGCGUGUCCACAGAGAGAUAUUUGCAUCUCUCCAUCUCCAAUGGGAAUAUCCAAGUGGACGCGUCGUUCAUGCAGACUCUGUGGAAUGUCCAGCCCACCUUCUCCUCCAGCAACAUGGCCGUAGGGUAUUUGAUUGGUGGUCAUGUGAUGCGUCUGUGUCAUGGACAUGAUGAGAGCUUGACCAUCCCUGGAGCAGACAAGAGCGAAGAGGAGCAAAGGAUUGUCAACUACGAGGCAGGGAAGGGAGCAUCGAGGGCUCGCUCGCUGUGGAGACUGGAGCCUUUGAGGAUCAGCUGGAGCAGUAGUCACAUCCGCUGGGGUCAGGCCUUCAGACUCCGUCACCUGUCCACUGGUCACUAUCUGGCCCUGACUGAAGACCGUGGCCUGGUUCUGCAGGACAGGGAGAAGUCUGACACCACCGCCACCGCCUUCUGCUUCAGGCCCUCCAAGGAAAAGGGCGACACCAGUCCAAAGAGGGACAUUGAUGGCAUGGGUGUGCCAGAGAUCAAGUAUGGAGACUCUGUCUGCUUCAUCAUGCACUUGGCCACAGGACUGUGGCUUUCUUACCAAGCACCUGAUGCCAAGUCUUCUCGCCUCGGUCCUCUGAAAAGAAGAGCCUGCCUGCACUCUGAAGGUCACAUGGACGAUGGUUUGAUUCUCCAGCGCUGCCAACAUGAAGAGUCCCGCGCUGCUCGCAUCAUCCGGAACACCACCUUUCUGUUCACCAACUUCAUCAAGGCUUUGGACAGCAUGGCGGCUGGCGAGUCCAACGGGGUCGCCGGGUAUGUCGAAGAGGUUCUGCAGACGCUCAACGACCUGAUCGAGUACUUCAAGCAGCCUGACUCUGAGCUGAAUCACGAAGAGAAGCAGUCCCUCUUGCGCUCACUCAUCAAACGUCAGGAUCUGUUUAAGGAAGAGGGCAUGCUAUCUCUCUUGUCCAAAUGCAUCGACCGCAUGAAUGUGUACAACAGCGCCGCUCACUUCGGAGAGUUGGCCGGGGAAGAGGCAGGCGCUGCGUGGAAGGACAUUCUUAACCUCCUCUACGAACUGUUGGCUUCAUUGAUUCGAGGAAACAGGAACAACUGCACCCAGUUUUCAUGCAACUUGGAUUGGCUGGUCAGCAAACUGGAGAGACUGGAAUCGUCCUCCGGAAUCCUUGAGGUUCUGCACUGUAUCUUGGUCGAGAGCCCGGAGGCUCUCAACAUCAUCCAAAGGGGUCACAUUAAAUCCAUCAUCUCUCUGCUCUACAAGAACGGACGCAAUCACAAGAUUCUGGACGUCCUUUGUUCCCUGUGCGUCUGCAACGGAGUGGCAGUGAGAGCCAAUCAGAACCUUAUCUGUGACAACCUGCUUCCAAAGAGGGACCUGCUGCUUCAGACUCGAUUGGUCAAUGACGUCCAGAGCAUGCGACCCAACGUCUUCCUGGGCAUGGCCGAGGGCUCUGCGCAGUACAGGAAGUGGUACUUUGAGCUGGUGAUCGACCAGGUGGACCACUUUGUGACCGGGGAGCCCACCCACCUUCGGGUUGGUUGGGCCAACACAAAAGGCUAUGCGCCAUAUCCCGGUGGGGGAGAAGGAUGGGGAGGCAAUGGCGUCGGUGACGACCUGUACUCUUACAGCUUUGACGGGCUGCAUCUGUGGUCAGGCCGAAUCCCCCGGGCCGUGGCCUCCAUUAACCAGCACCUGCUGAACUCAGACGAUGUGGUCAGCUGCUGUCUGGACCUGGGCGCUCCCAGCAUGUCGUUCAGGAUCAACGGGCAGCCGGUCCAGGGCAUGUUCGAGGACUUCAACACAGAUGGAUUCUUCUUCCCUGUCGUCAGCUUCUCAGCAGGAGUCAAGGUGCGUUUCUUGUUGGGCGGUCGACACGGGGAUUUCAAGUUCCUACCGCCUGCUGGCUAUUCUCCGUGCUACGAGGCUCUGCUGCCCAAAGAGAAGAUGCACGUGGAGCCUGUGAAGGAGUAUAAGAGGGACCACUCAGGGGUCCGAGACCUGCUGGGCACCGCUCAGUUCCUCUCUCAGUCCUCCUUCAUCCCCACUCCAGUGGACACCAGCCCGAUUGUUCUCCCGCCGCACAUGGACAACGUCCGGGACAAGCUGGCCGAGAACAUCCACGAGCUGUGGGGGAUGAACAAGAUCGAACUGGGCUGGACCUACGGCAAGGUUCGUGAUGACAACAAGAGGCAGCACCCUUGUCUGGUGGAUUUCUCCAAGCUGCCUGAAACGGAGAGAAACUAUAACUUGCAGAUGUCGAGUGAAACUCUUAGAACCCUCAUGGCCCUUGGAUGUCAUGUGGCUCAGGUCAACGUUCAUGCCGAGGACGACCUGAAGAAAAUCAAGCUGCCCAAAGAGUACAUGAUGUCUAACGGAUACAAGCCUGCGCCGCUGGAACUCUCUGACGUGAAGCUGAAUGCUGGUCAGGAGGUGCUCGUCGAUAAAUUAGCUGAGAACGCACACAAUGUUUGGGCCAAAGAUAGAAUCAAGCAAGGAUGGACCUAUGGCAUCCAGCAGGAUUUGAAGAGCAGACGCAAUCCUCGCCUGGUGCCUUACGCUUUACUGGACGAACGCACAAAGAAGUCGAACAGAGACAGUUUGAGAGAAGCCAUCAGGACCUUGGUCGGGUACGGAUAUGAGAUAGACCCACCGGACCAGGAAGUGGUCCACGCCCUGGACUGCCAGAGCAUUGAGACCAUUCGCUUCUUCCGUGUGGAACAGACGUACGCUGUCAAAACAGGAAAGUGGUAUUUUGAGUUUGAAGCUCUGACAGGAGGUGACAUGAGAGUUGGCUGGGCCAGACCAGCCUGCAGACCGGAUGUGGAGCUGGGUGCAGACGACCAGGCCUUCGUGUUUGAUGGCUACAGGGGUCGACGUAUGCACGCAGGGGGGCGCUAUUUUGGACACCCCUGGAAAAAAGGCGACGUGGUCGGCUGCAUGAUCAACAUGGAGGACAAGUCCAUGAUCUUCACUCUGAACGGUGAACUGCUGAUCACCAACAAGGGUUCGGAACUUUGCUUUGCCGACUUCGAGACUGAGGACGGUUUCAUCCCCGUCUGCAGUCUGGGCAUGUCUCAGAUCGGCCGGAUGAACCUUGGCAAAGAUGCCAGUACGUUCAAGUACUACACCAUGUGUGGUCUCCAGGAAGGUUUCGAGCCCUUUGCUGUGAACAUGAACCGAGAGAUCACCAUGUGGUUCAGCAAACGCUUGCCCACCUUCGUAAACGUGCCGCAGGACCACAUGUACAUCGAGGUGACGCGGAUCGACGGGACGGUGGACAGCCCUCCCUGUCUCAAAGUCACCCACAAGACCUUUGGCACCCAGAACAGCAACAACGACAUGGUCUACUGCCGACUGAGCAUGCCUGUGGAGUGCUACUCGGCCGACAUGCUACUGGACGAAUCACUAAAGCUCAGCCAACCACCAAAGGAAGGUGGAGCUGUCGACUACGGAAGCAUCACAACUUAUUGCCACUCGGUCAGAAUCUUUGCUGGACAGGAUCCUGCGUCCGUGUGGGUGGGCUGGGUCACGCCUGAUUACCACUACCACUCGAAGAACUUCAGCCUCAGCAAGACGCAGACGGUCACUGUCACACUGGGAGACGAACGAGGCCGCGUCCACGAGAGUGUCCAGAGAAGUAACUGCUACAUGGUGUGUGGAGCUGACGCCAUCAGCACCUCCUCUUCCAGUCGAUCCAACUCUGACGUGGAAAUCGGUUGCACGAUCGAUCUGGCGACCGGCAUCAUCUCCUUCACUGCCAAUGGCAAAGAGCUGCCCACAACUUAUCAGGUGGAGCCAAAUUCAAAGUUGUUCCCUGCUGUGUUUGCUCGACCCACCUGUGCAAACCUCUUCCAGUUUGAGUUUGUCAAGAUCGAGGAUGCCAUGCCGCUCUCCUCUGCCAUAUUUAAGAGUGAGCACAGGAACCCAGUGCCGAAGUGCCCGCCCCGCAUCGAUGUGCAGACCAUAGUGGCAGUGCUGUGGAGCCGCAUGCCGAACACCUUCCUGAGUGUGGAGACGGCUCGGGUCAGCGAGCGCCACGGCUGGGUGGUCCAGUGCCUGGAGCCGCUGCAGAUGAUGGCAGUGCACAUCCCCGAAGAGAACCGGUGUCUGGAUAUCCUUGAGUUGUCCGAGCACGAAGACCUGAGGAAGUUCCACUACCACACCCUAAAGCUGUACUGCGCUCUGUGUGCGCUGGGAAACACUCGGGUGGCUCACACCCUGUGCAGCCAUCUGGACCAGUCCCAGCUGCUCUACACCAUUGACAACCAGUAUCUGUCGGGCAUGUUGAGAGAGGGGUUCUACGACGUCCUCAUCAGCAUCCAUCUUGAAACAGCUAAGGAAGCUAGACUGAUGAUGAACAACGAGUUCAUCAUCCCUGUGACGGAUGAGACUCGCUCCAUCAAGCUGUUCCCAGAUGAGUCCAAGAGGCAUUCGCUGCCCGGCGUGGGCCUGAGCACCUCCCUCACGCCUCGGGUCAACUUCUCACCCGUCUGCAUCAUCAGCCAGAAGCGUCAGCAGUAUCUCCACAGCCCCGUGAUCCCGCUGGACAUUCUGAAAGAGAAGGCCAUCAGCAUGCUCACAGAGGCCGUGCAGGGCGGUGGGAUCUACAUCAGGGACCCCGUCGGCGGGAGCGUGGAGUAUCAAUUUGUCCCCAUUCUCAAGCUGAUCGGAACCCUAUUAAUCAUGGGGGUCCUGACCAGCGAGGAGGUGAGGCUGAUCCUUCUCCUGAUCGAUCCCAAUGUCUUCGGGGAGGCCAAGGAUGCUGAGGAGGCAAAGGGGGAGGAGGCUGCUGGUGAGAAAGAGACCAACCGAAACGAAGAGAAAGCUGUCGAAGCUGGAGAAGAGGAGACCAAAGAGAGUAAACCACAAGUCAAAGGUCUGCUGGAGAAAUCAUUACCAGAGUCUGUCAAACGCCAGAUGUGCGAGCUGCUUCACUACUUCUGCGACUGCGAGCUGAAGCACCGCAUCGAGUCCAUCGUCUCCUUCUCUGACAGCUUUGUGUCCAAGCUCCAGUACAACCAAAAGUUUCGCUACAACGAGCUCAUGCAGGCACUCAACAUGUCGGCCGCCGUCACCGCCAAGAAAACCAAAGAGUUCCGAUCUCCACCUCAAGAGCAGAUCAAUAUCCUGCUUAAUUUCAGUGCUGGGGAAGAUUGUCCGUGCCCCGAUGAAAUCCAGGAGGAACUCAACGCCUUCCAUGAAGAGUUGCGACUGCACUGCGGAAUACCAGUGGAGGAGGAGGAAGAGGAGCAGGACACGUCCAUUAAAGGGCGUCUCCUUGCUCUGCUGUACAAGAUCAAAGGGCCACCUCAAAAGACAGAAGAGGAGCCCACGGAGAAAGAGCAGGCGGCGCCCACCAACCUGAAGGAGCUAAUCUCCCAGACCAUUACCAGCUGGGCCCAGGAGUCCCACAUCCAGGACCCGGAGCUGGUCCGUGUGAUGUUCAGCCUGUUGAGGAGACAGUACGAUGGCAUUGGAGAGCUGCUGCGGGCCAUGAGGAAGUCCUACACCAUCAGCGCCGCCUCUGUCCAGGACGCUAUCAACCUGCUUGCGUCCCUGGGUCAAAUCCGGUCUCUGCUGUCUGUCCGCAUGGGAAAGGAGGAGGAGAAGCUGAUGAUUGAUGGCCUCGGGGACAUCAUGAAUAACAAGGUCUUCUACCAGCAUCCCAACUUGAUGCGGGUUCUGGGCAUGCACGAGACCGUGAUGGAGGUUAUGGUCAAUGUUUUGGGAGGAGACAAGUCACAGGAGAUCGCUUUUCCCAAGAUGGUAGCCAGCUGCUGUCGAUUCUUGUGCUACUUCUGUCGCAUCAGCCGUCAGAACCAGAAGGCCAUGUUUGACCACCUGAGCUACCUGCUGGAGAACAGCAGCGUCGGCCUCGCCUCAGAAGCCAUGCGUGGCUCAACUCCACUAGAUGUCGCUGCGUCUUCUGUGAUGGACAACAAUGGUUUGGCACUGGCCCUGGAGGAACCCGAUCUGGAGAAGGUGGUGACUUACCUGGCUGGCUGCGGUCUUCAGAGCUGUGCCAUGCUGGUUGCCAAGGGUUACCCUGACCUGGGCUGGAAUCCAAUUGAGGGAGAACGCUACCUGUCCUUCUUGAGAUUUGUUGUGUUCUGCAAUGGCGAGAGUGUGGAGGAAAACGCCAACGUGGUGGUGAAGCUGUUGAUCAGACGGCCGGAGUGUUUCGGCCCCGCCCUGAGAGGAGAGGGAGGUCAGGGGCUGCUGGCUGCCAUGAAGGAGGCCAUCAAGAUCUCAGAGGACCCCUCCCUGGACCUGCCCAAGACCCCUGCUGGCCUCACCUCAGGGUCUGGUGAUGAAGAAGGAGAAGUCAUCCACAUGGGAAAUGCCAUCAUGUCCUUCUACUCCGCCCUUAUCGACCUUUUGGGACGCUGCGCUCCAGAGAUGCAUCUCAUCAAUGCAGGUAAAGGAGAGGCCCUGCGUAUCCGUGCCAUCCUGCGCUCUCUGGUUCCAACCACCGACCUGGUCGGCAUUAUCAGCAUCCCCCUCAACAUGCCCAUUGUCAACAAAGACGGCAGCGUCACUGAACCAGACAUGUCGGCCUGUUUCUGCCCGGACCACAAGGCCCCCAUGGUGCUCUUCCUGGACAGGGUGUAUGGCAUCGAGGACCAGAGCUUCCUGCUGCAGCUGCUGGAGGUCGGAUUCCUGCCUGACCUCAGAGCCUCAGCUUCUCUGGAUACUGAAGUGUUGAGCACCACUGAGACAGCUCUGGCCAUGAACAGGUACAUCGGCUCCGCCUUGCUGCCGCUGCUGACCCGCUGUGCCACCCUGUUUGCCAACACGGAGCACCACGCCCAGUUGGUGGACUCCACGCUCCAGACCAUCUAUCGCCUCUCCAAGGGCCGCUCGCUUACCAAAGCCCAGAGAGAUUCUAUUGAGGAGUGUCUGCUGGCCAUCUGCAAGCAUCUGCGACCCUCCAUGAUGCAGCAGCUACUGAGAAGGCUGGUGUUCGAUGUCCCCAUGCUCACAGAGUACUGCAAGAUUCCUCUGCGGCUCCUGACAAACCACUACGAGCAGAACUGGAAGUACUACUGCCUGCCCUCAGGAAUGGGUGCCUUCGGAAGCGCCUCUGAAGAAGAGCUCAUCCUCACCAAGAAACUGUUUUGGGGAAUUCUUGAUUCGCUGUCUCAGAAGAAGUACGACGCCGAACUUUUCAAAAUGGCCAACUCAUGCCUGUGUGCCAUCGCUGGAGCCAUACCUCCUGACUUUGUGGAUGCCAGUUUAGGAGCAACGCUGGAGAAGCAGGCAUCCGUUGAUGCACAAGGCGACUUUGACCCCAAACCAGUUAACACUGCCAAUAUAUCACUACCUGAAAAACUUGAGUACAUUGCCAACAAAUAUGCAGAGCAUUCCCAUGACAAGUGGUCCUCGGAGAAGGUGUCCUCAGGCUGGAAACAUGGAGACAGUUUGAAUGAACAGGUCAAGAGCCAUCCUCUGCUCAAGCCUUACCCGGCCCUCAGUGAGAAGGAGAGAGAAACGUACCGGUGGCCUGUAAAGGAGUCGUUGAAGAGCAUGCUGGCCAUGGGAUGGAACAUUGAGAGGACCAAGGAAGGAGAAGCCAUGUUCCAGCAGCGUGAGAGUGAGAAGCAGAAGAAAAUGUCUGAGUCUCAGGUCAGUGGCUUCAGUCCCACACCGAUGGACCUGCGCAAUGUCAUGCUGUCUCGAGAAUUACAGAGCAUGGUGGAAGUGGUGGCAGAAAACUACCACAACAUCUGGGCCAAAAAGAAGAAAACAGAACUCCUUAGCAAAGGAGGAGGGACCCAUCCGCUGCUGGUUCCCUAUGAUACCCUGACUGCUAAGGAGAAGCACAGAGACCGAGAGAAAGCUCAGGAGCUUUUCAAAUUCCUGCAGUUCAGUGGCUAUGUCAUUACAAGGGGUCUGAAGGAUCUGGAGCAAGACUCCUCAUCCAUGGAGAAGCGGUUCGCUUUCAAGUUCGUCAAAAGGAUGCUGAAAUAUGUCGACUCGGCGCAGGAGUUUAUUGCACACCUCGAGGCCAUGGCCACCAGCGGGAAGACGGAUAAAUCACCGCAUGACCAGGAAAUCAAGUUUUUUGCGAAGGUGUUGCUACCGCUUGUGGAUCAGACCUUCAAAAACCACUGCCUCUACUUCCUAUCCACGCCCAGCAAGAACCUGAGCAGCUGCGGAUGUGCCUCCAAUAAAGAGAAGGAGAUGGUCACUAGUCUGUUCUGUAAGCUGGCAGCUCUUGUCAGGCAUAGGAUCUCACUCUUUGGGAGUGACUCUGCAAUGAUGGUGAGCUGCUUGCACAUCCUCACUCACUCCUUGGACACCAGGACCGUGAUGAAGUCCGGCUCGGAGCUGGUCAAAGCUGGGUUCCGAACCUUCUUCGAGAAUGCUGCUGAGGACCUGGAGAAGCUGCUAGAGAUGCUGAAGCUCGGGAAGUUCACGCAGUCGAGAGCUCAGAUGAAGAGCGUCAGUCAAAGCAUCACCUAUGUUACGGUGGCGCUGCUUCCCAUCCUGACCGCUUUGUUCGAGCACAUCAAGACUCACGAGUUCGGAGUUGACCUGCUCUUGGAUGAUGUGCAGCUCUCCUGCUACAGAAUCCUCACCUGUUUCUACUCCCUGGGAACUGGGAAAAACAUUUUCGUGGAGAGACACCUUCCAGCUCUGGGUGAGAGUCUGGCCACGCUGGUGGGAGCCAUGCCGGUGGCCUUCCUGGAGCCCCACCUCAACGUCCACAACCCUCUGUCUGUCUUCAACACCAAGACACCCAGAGAACGAGCCAUCCUGAGCAUGCCCGACACAGUGGAGGAGAUGUGUCCGGAGAUGCCUCAGCUGGACCGGCUGCUGAAAGAUGUCAAUGAUGUUUCGGAGUCCGGUGCUCGCUACAGUGACAUGCCGCAGGUGAUCGAAGUGAUUCUCCCUAUGCUGUGCAACUACCUGUCCUACUGGUGGGAGAAAGGUCCCGAGAACUCCCCUCCUGAGACCGACUGCUGCACCAUGGUGACCUCAGAUCACCUCAGCAUCAUCCUGGGUAACAUUCUCAAGAUCCUCAACAACAACCUGGGAAUAGACGACGCCCCCUGGAUGAAGAGGAUAGCUGUCUACUCUCAGCCAAUCAUCUGCAAAGCUGGAGCAGACCUGCUGAGAACACACUUUUUGCCCACACUAGACAAACUGAGGAAGAAGACAGAGAAGGUUGUGUCUGAAGAGGAGCUGCUGAAGGCAGACAGCAAAGGAGACAAUCAGGAGGCAGAGCUCCUCAUCCUGGACGAGUUUGCCGUCCUCUGCAGGGACCUGUACGCCUUCUACCCCAUGCUCAUCCGUUAUGUUGACAACAACAGGUCGAGGUGGUUGAAGGCUCCGGAUGCUGACUCCACUGAGCUCUUCCGGAUGGUGGCAGAGAUCUUCAUCCUGUGGUGCAAGUCUCACAACUUCAAACGUGAAGAGCAAAACUUUGUGGUUCAGAAUGAGAUCAACAAUUUGGGCUUCCUGACUGGAGAAGGGAACACGAAAAUGUCGAAGACAGGUGGGGACCAGGAGCGGAAACACAAGCGGCGGCGUGGAGAGUAUUACUCCAUCCAGACGAGCCUGAUCGUUGCCGCUCUGAAGAAGAUGCUGCCCAUUGGCCUGAACAUGUGCACGCCGGGAGACCAGGAGCUCAUCUCACUUGCCAAGAUCCGCUACAGUCUGAAAGACACUGAUGAAGAGGUGAUGGAGCAUUUGAGACAAAAUCUUCACCUGCAAGACAAAUCCGAUGACCCGGCAGUCAAGUGGCAGCUCAACCUCUACAGAGAUGUGGUGGUGAAGAGUGAAGAGCCGGUCAACCCGGAACACACUGUGGUUCGAGUUCAGAGCAUCUCUGCUGCAGUUUUCCAUCUGGAGCAGGUGGAGCAGCCGCUGAGGAAUAAAAAGUGUGUGUGGCAGAAGCUGCUGUCCAAGCAGCGCAAACGUGCCGUGGUGGCCUGCUUCCGCAUGGCUCCUCUCUACAACCUGCCCAGGCAUCGUGCCAUCAACUUCUUCAUCCCAUCCUAUCAGAGACUUUGGAUAGAGGCAGAGGAGUACUCCUUUGAGGAGAAACUAGUGCAGGAUCUGGCAAAAACACCCAUGAAGAUUGUGGAGGAGGAGGAAGAGGAGGUGGCUGAGAUCCAGCCCGACCCUCUGCACCAACUCAUCCUCCACUUCAGCCACAACGCCCUGACAGAGAGAAGUCACUUGGAAGAAGAUCCUUUGUAUAUAGCAUACGCAGACAUGAUGGCAAAGAGCUGUGCAGAGGAUGAUGAAGAAGAAGAAGAAGAGGAGGAAGGGAAAGAGAAGACGUUUGAGGAAAAGGAGAUGGAAAAGCAGAAGAUCUUGUAUCAGCAGGCUCGGCUACACGCCCGUGGAGCUGCGGAGAUGGUUCUGCAGAUGAUCAGCGCCAGUAAAGGACGUCUCGGUCCCAUGGUGACCUGCACCCUCAAACUGGGCAUCUCCAUCCUAAAUGGAGGCAAUGUGCAAGUUCAGAAGAAAAUGCUUGAUUACCUGAAGGAGAAGAGAGAUGCCGGAUUUUUCAAGAGUCUCUCAGGACUGAUGCAGUCGUGCAGUGUCCUGGACUUGAAUGCAUUUGAGAGGCAAAACAAAGCAGAAGGACUGGGAAUGGUGACGGAGGAAGGUUCAAUCCACACUAAGCGGGGCUCCAAAGUGCUUCAGAACGACGAGUUCACCAAAGAUCUUUUCCGCUUCUUGCAACUUCUGUGUGAGGGGCACAACGGAGAUUUCCAGAACUUCCUAAGAACCCAGACUGGAAACACGACCACGGUUAACAUCAUCAUCAGCACCGUUGACUAUCUGCUCCGCCUGCAGGAGUCCAUCAGUGACUUCUACUGGUACUACUCUGGCAAAGACGUCAUCGAUGAGACUGGGAAAGUCAAUUUCUCCAAAGCUCUGGAUGUCGCCAAGCAAAUAUUCAACUCCCUGACUGAGUACAUCCAGGGCCCGUGCAUCGGGAACCAGCAGAGCCUGGCUCACAGCAGACUGUGGGACGCGGUGGUCGGCUUCCUGCACGUGUUUGCCAACAUGCAGAUGAAGCUGUCUCAGGACGCCAGUCAGAUCGAGCUGCUGAAGGAGCUGAUGGACUUGCAGAAGGACAUGGUGGUCAUGAUGCUGUCUCUGCUAGAAGGGAAUGUUGUGAACGGAACGAUCGGGAAGCAGAUGGUGGAUACCCUGGUGGAGUCGUCAAACAACGUUGAGAUGAUCCUCAAGUUCUUCGACAUGUUCCUCAAGCUGAAGGACCUGACCACGUCAGACAACUUCCGGGAGUACGACCCUGAGUGCAAGGGCAUCAUUUCCAAGAAGGAGUUCCAGAAGUCCAUGGAGAGCCAGAAGCAGUACAGCCAGUCCGAGAUCGAGUUCUUGCUGUCCUGCGCUGAGGCAGACGAGAACGACAUGUUCAACUACAAGGAGUUUGUGGAGCGCUUCCAUGAGCCGGCCAAAGACAUCGGCUUCAAUGUGGCCGUGCUGCUGACCAACCUGUCGGAGCACAUGCCCCACGACGCCCGCCUCGCCACCUUCCUGGACCUGGCCGAGAGCGUCCUCAGCUACUUUGAGCCGUACCUGGGCCGCAUCGAGAUCAUGGGCAGCGCCAAGCGCAUCGAGAGGGUCUACUUCGAGAUCAGCGAGUCCAGCCGCGAGCAGUGGGAGAAGCCGCAGGUGAAGGAGUCCAAACGGCAGUUCAUUUUCGACGUGGUCAACGAGGGAGGCGAGAGCGAGAAGAUGGAGAUGUUUGUCAACUUCUGCGAGGACACCAUUUUUGAGAUGCAGCUGGCCUCGCAGAUCUCCGAGCCGGAUGCCGUCGAGCAGCCGGAGGAGGAAGAGGAGGAAGACGGACACGUCUCGGAGGACGAGGAAGAGGUGGCUCUGGAGUCGACCUCGGCGUUCACUGCCGCCUGCCGCUCGGUCAAGAGGAGAAUGGGGACCAUGCGACAGAUGGUGUCUGUCAAAAACCUCCGCAAGCAGCUGAAGAAAGUCAAGAACCUGGGCAUCAAGGAGAUCAUCGCCGGUUUCUUCUCCUUCUUCUGGAUGAUUUUCACCGGCUUCUUCAAAGGGAUCUACGGCAUCAUCUUCGGUUUCUUCCACCUCAUCUGGUCCUCCAUGUUCGGCGGCGGGCUGGUCGAAGGUGCCAAGAGCAUCAAGGUGACCGACAUCCUCGGCAACAUGCCUGACCCAACUCAGUUUGGGAUCCACGGGGACGUGAUGGAGGGUGAGAAGGUGGAGGCCAUAGAGGCGUCGGGAAGCUUGGACGCGGCCAUGGCUCCCACCGCCGACGUGGAGGUGGACAUGAUGCUGGAAAUGUUGACGAUGCCCAAGAAAGAAGGCGGAAAGCACGUGGAGCCCGGACUGGGAGACGUCUCCGAGCUCACAGCGGAAACUUCGGCCCCCGACCAGAAGAAGAAAGCUGCUGCCAAACCUGCGGAGACGCCCGAGGGUGAGCCGGAGAAAGGAGACACGGAGCACCAGGAGAAGGAGGACAAGCCCAAGGAGGAGGAAGUGAAGGAGGCAGCCGGCGAGGAAAAACCCAAGUCCAGAUCCAGUUUGUCCAAAGAGCUGGCGCCAGCCUUCAUGUCCAAUGUCUUUGCUGCACUGGAAGUCUUCUUCACCAAGAUGCUGAACUAUCUGGCCCGGAACUUCUACAACCUGCGCUUCCUGGCUCUGUUUGUGUGUUUCGCCAUCAACUUCAUCCUGCUCUUCUACAAGGUGACCGGAGAAAGUGAGGAUGAGGAUGAGGAAGACACGCACAGCUGGGGCGGCGCGGAGGAGGACGACGAGGACACGCUCUUCGACAUGGACGAGUUUGUGCUGCAGGAGAGCACCGGCUACAUGCUGCCCACACUGCGCUUCCUGGCCGUGUUCCACACCGUCAUCUCUCUGCUGUGUUUGGUCGGCUACUACUACCUGAAGGUUCCUCUGGUGGUCUUCAAGAGGGAGAAGGAGAUCGCCCGGAAGCUGGAGUUCGACGGCCUCUACAUCACGGAGCAGCCGUCCGAUGACGACAUCAAGGGCCAGUGGGACCGACUGGUCAUCAACACCCCAUCCUUCCCCAACAACUACUGGGACAAGUUCAUCAAGAGAAAGGUGAUCAACAAGUACGGCGACAUGUACGGAGCCGAACGCAUCGCCGAGCUUCUGGGUCUGGACCAGAGCGCGCUGGACUUCGACCCCACGGUGGAGACGGUGGAGAAGGAGGCGUCACUCGUGUCCUGGCUCAGCUCCAUCGACACCAAGUACCACGUCUGGAAAAUGGGAGUGGUUUUGACCGACAACUACUACCUGUACCUGAUCUGGUACACCAUCAUGUCCGUCUUUGGUCACUUCAACAACUUCUUCUUCGCCGCUCACCUGCUGGACAUCGCCAUGGGCUUCAAGACGCUGCGCACCAUCCUGUCGUCCGUCACCCACAACGGCAAGCAGCUGGUGCUGACGGUGGGCCUGCUGGCCGUGGUGGUCUACCUCUACACCGUGGUCGCCUUCAACUUCUUCAGAAAGUUCUACAACAAGAGCGAGGACGAGGACGAGCCGGACAUGAAGUGCGACGACAUGAUGACGUGCUACCUCUUCCACAUGUACGUGGGCGUGCGAGCCGGCGGCGGCAUCGGCGACGAGCUGGAGGACCCGGCGGGCGACCCCUACGAGCUGUACCGCAUCCUGUUCGACAUCACCUUCUUCUUCUUCGUCAUCGUCAUCCUGCUGGCCAUCAUCCAGGGUUUGAUCAUCGACGCCUUCGGCGAGCUGAGAGACCAGCAGGAGCAGGUGAAGGAGGACAUGGAGACCAAAUGCUUCAUCUGUGGGAUCGGCAACGACUACUUCGACCGCACGCCUCACGGAUUUGAGACUCACACGCUUCAAGAACACAACCUGGCCAACUACCUGUUCUUCCUCAUGUACCUGAUCAACAAGGACGAGACGGAGCACACGGGACAGGAGUCCUACGUCUGGAAAAUGUACCAGGAGCGAUGCUGGGACUUCUUCCCCACCGGAGACUGCUUCCGCAAACAGUACGAGGACCAGCUGGGAUAGACGCGGACCCAGUCCAGGGAACUGGACCCUCGGUGCCCACAUUAGGAAAGAGGCGAAACAGAAGAGAACCUUUCCCAUUUCUACGUCCCAACUGACCUUGAGCAACAGACUGAGACCCGCUCUGCCUUGUCUUCACCGUGAAGCACGUGAAUAUGCACAACCUCCCACGGAACCAUUUCGAGAAGCAAGCGCCGACGUGCCUUAUCUCUCCGACCUAUGCAAUCUUGUCCCCCGGUUCAGUCCCGUGGCAUUUCAGCCGAAACAUGUGUUGCAUUAAAUAGGGACGACCUGCCAUGUUGCUUUUAGUUCUGGUCCGCUCCCUCCCAACCGCUUCGGGGAGGACAUGAAUAAAGUCACUGAGGCAAUACACUGAAGGAGUCUGUGGUGUUUCACUCGGGCUCAGGAGCCUUCGGUCGGCUUGUGUUUUUUUUAAGUUCGGUCCCGGUGAAGCCGAAGACAACCGAGGUAACUAAACUGUACACUGCGAAUCAUCAACCUGAACGCUGAAACCGUCCUCAAGUGUCAUUCGGGACUCAUUUCCGAGCUUCACAUUCACGUCUGAGCAGGAGGAGUGCGCCCCCUGGCGGCCUUCUUACACUAACGUGUCAAUCAUUCCAGU